ACGAUGGCGGUCACCCUUCACACCCGCAAGUUCAUGACCAACCGCCUGCUCGCCCGCAAGCAGUUCGUGCUCGAGGUCAUCCACCCCAGUCGCGCCAACGUCUCCAAGUCGGAGUUGAAGCAGAGGCUCGCCAAGGUGUACGAGGUGAAGGACCCCAACUGCAUCUUCGUGUUCUGCACCCACUUUGAAUUCGGUCUCAUCUACGACAACCUCCAGAUUCACUGGGAGGCUGCCAAGGUGCUCGUCAUGGCGCACGCGGCUGCUCCAGAGGGCAAGCUCAAGGCCAUCUACAAGAAGUACUCAUGUGAGCAAUAUGGGCGCGUGUCCCUGCGCCCUCCGACAGUGGCCGCUCCUUAG